GGGGAUGGGGACAGUCACGUAUGCCACGCGCCUUCUCGCCCCCCGGGCAGGCGGGGGUCGCCGGACGAGAGGCCUCUCCCCAGAAGGCUGCGCUUCGAGCGAGAGCAGUCCGUUUGGGUGGACGGCUGCGUGCCGUCACGGGCCGACUUCUGUGCUCUCGUUGCCGACCAGGCGUUGAAGAAUCUGAGCACGGGCCAGGGGGAGGGGAGGCAUGGAGGAGAUAAGGGAAGAGGCGCGGGCUUGGUGGGCCUGUCAGGAGUACUCGCGAGGCGGCCUCCCGUGCCGCAUCAACCACGGCACCGCCAGCAACCGCAUCUCCUGGGAUCGCACGGAGGAGGAGGUGCGCUCCCGCCGCGAGGAGCUGCUCGUGCUCUCCGCCGACGGGCUCCGAGAGAUCAGGCACCCUUAUUCCACCGUCGCGAGACUGGCGUUCGCAGACCUGGCAGGCCUGGCCGGCUGCCCGCCGCUGUCCGAGCAGGCCCUGCGCAGCAUCGUUGGCAGCAUGCGGCUGGCGCUGCAGGUGGAGCAACCGUCGUCGGCGAGGAGCGCGCCCUCCCCAAAGCGCGGGCUCGGCGCACCCCGCGACCGCGGUGUGUUCGAGGGCGCCCUGGCGGCGCUGCUGCUGCUGGCCCGGUCGGAGGGCCCCGGGCUGGUGCCGUUCCUGCACGUGGUGAUCCCGCCCAUCGGGAAGCGGCUGCUCCUCCGGGGGCACCGGGAGCCCACCCUGGACGUCCUCAGGGAGUUGGCGUCCGUGUGCGGCCCCGGGGCGGAGGCGGUCAUGCGCUCGCGCGGCGUUGUACUUUAGGCGGCGCUGGCAGGGGGGGGGUCCCUGAGAUCUGGUCGUUGCAUUUUUUUGUACCAGGCGGUUUCUCCGCGUUUCGGGCAACCCAGCCAUCGCAGGUCAAUGUGGCUCGAGGGGUGCCGCAGAAAAGCUGGGCCUAGGGCUCCAGUCGUGUUUUUUUUGUCCGCGAUGUCGUAUUCUUGGUUUGCAGCGUCGGAUUUCUAGGAUUUGGGUCAGAUGGGGAAAGUACGCCGAUGCCACUUCCCUUGCCUUGUCGCCACGGCUGGAUUCGCCCCGAAAUCUUGGUCAGAACGCUGCCCAGAAAAGGUCCGUGGAGCAUUGCGAUGGGUAUCUUCUCGUUUCCCCAUCGGUGGGGUCAGCAGGAGAACGAGAACGGCA